CUGACCUUCAAUGGCGCGCAAAGGUUUCAGAAUCAAAACCAACAGGAACUUCUCAUUUUUGGUAGGUGUUCUACUAUUCUUAUCCUCCUUGUGCGAUUUUCUGUUUUCUGCUCUGGUUUUUUUUGUUCAGUCCCUCAUUCAUAAUAUCACAUCACUAAAGGACGCACAACUUUCUCUUCAGUAUAUAUUCUCUUUUCUAUUUGUAGAGGUCUUUCUUUCUUGAUCUUGCCGCUCAAUAUGCAUUUGGGGCUACUUUCUCAUGGUCAUUUGGCUUUUGACCCAUUGAAACCUGUCAUCCUUAGAGGUGGUCCUAAUGAAGAUGCUUCCACUUUAUUUGCCGGUAAUCUCGUACUCACACUAUCAAAACCGACAAAGAUCUCCAAUGUUACCGUCACCCUGAGAGGUCAAGUUGUUACGUACUGGCCGGAAGGUAUUGGAGCACGUGGUACCAAGUUGACAGCAGAAAAAUCCUUGGGAGAACAGACGUUACAGAUUCUCACCUCAAAUGACGAUACCUCAGUGCUUUUGUUGCCUGCUGGAACGCAUCGCUUUUCAUUUGCAUUUGUUAUACCUAAUUCUACUGUAGCUACAAUCGAGGAUACUUUCGGUAGAGUUCGUCAUACAAUUGAAGCUGAAGUACAACGCCCUGGUAUCGUCAUGCUUUCUAGUUGGCGUAUCACCAAAAAUGUGAUGAUACUGCGAACAUAUAUGUCAAAUUCACUUCUGACCAACAACUCACUCACUACUCUUUCCAGAACCUUUGAGAAACAUAUGGCUUUUGGAGAUAUUGAAAUUGUGAUUGAAGCAGCAGCUUUUUCGUCUGGGGAUUUAUUUUAUAUCCGCAUGAUUGUUCAACCUCAUGUCAAACAUACUCGCAUAGAACAUAUGGAAGUAAAUGUCACAGAAACAAGAAAAUAUAGCGUACCUGAAAUGCGGGCGUGGCGACAUGACUCAACUACCUAUUCGAUGCCAUUUGCAGGAUCUGUUCGUUUAGCCGAAUUCGGUGAAGUGGAUAAUACAACAGAACAGUUAAAGCCCAUUUUUUGUGAUAAUCCAACAUCUACAGAUUCAAAAACAGUCAACAAAAAACAGGGUAUCGAACUGAUGCAUGAUUUUGCCCAUCGCUUGGCGUUUUUCGCACCAACCUGCCAACAGAAUAUUCGUCAUACGACGUAUAUUAGAGAAAUUCAGUUCAAACACCACAUCGAAAUCAAUCUUACUUUUUCAUAUGUGACUGAAGAGGGUAAUCGACAAUUUUUUAAUAACCUACACAGUAGUACGACGGAUGAUAUUGUCAAUAUGACAGAAAUAGCUGAUCAGGUUGCUGAUAUUCCUGGGAGCGCUACCGCCAGCACUACUAGUAGUAUUACGCCAGCUAUUGAAGAUCUGAACCUGCACUCACCAGUAAUGGCAAGCGGCACCUUAACUCCACCGCCUGCUGCUUAUGUACAAGGUCAUUCUCGCAAUGCGAUCGAUUCACCGCCCGCUUUCGAGAAUAAAAACAGUGUUGGCCUCAUUUCCCCUGAUAUGAGUAACGGCAGUUAUAGUAGAAGCGUCAGAAAUAGCUCAAUUUCACAGCCAACUGCUGGAGCAGUUGCUUCUGAUCCACCUUUAAUUACUUUGAGAACAAAUACCGAUCGUACGAGUAACUCUAGCGCAUCCAAUAGUUCUCGAGAUCCGCAUUUACAAAGCCGCUUUUCUUUUCAGCAACCAAAUCAACAAAGCCGACAAAGCCAACAACAUCUACCGCAAGAACAUCUUCAAACCUAUCACAAUACAAGCAGUUGGUCUGAUUUAUUAUUACGGCUCAAUAAAACGAAAAUUGAGCAAGAUGCAAGCAAUAGUCAUCGUCGUAAAGAAACUAUAACACUAGACACUCCCAUUACGGUAUUCGAUUGCCGAUUAAAAGAAGAUUAUGGUAGAUUACCCUCCUACUUUGAAUUAGGUGUGAAGCCUUCAGUUCAGCAGCAACAAGCCCUUAAUGCUAAUAAUAAAAAGAAGAGUAAACUCUAUUACAGCCAGAAUAAUAACAGUGGUCAUCGACAGCAGCAACUCAGUGCGGCUACGAUGGAUAAACCUGAUAGUCGACCUCAUCCUUUUCUUUGUGAUUGUUAUUAUGCUUUUUGUAAAGAAAUGGAAAUGGCCUCACAAGCCUUAUAUUUGUCUACAGAAAACGCACCUGCAAUGCCUCUUUUGGACCGUAUACCAUCAAUUCCUCCACCUGACUAUGCAGCUUAGAAACAUCAUUUUUUACUAUGCUAUCAAUUAUUUAAAGAUUACAUAUACCCCCUUUCUUUAUUGUAAAAUAUUAUAAAAAACCGUGUUUAUUGUUAAUAUCUUUAUGCAUUUUUGUCAAUUCAUAUAAUCGUUAUUUCCAGAUCGGUCUUCUGAGUCAAAAACUUAAUGACAAGUUGUUUUAAUUUGGAAUAAAGUUGUUUAUUCGCGUAAUAUUGCUUGUAUUUCAUUGAAAUAAAUAUUACUUGUGUAC